UUGAAUGGCUAAUGGAGCGCCUAGGAAUCGAAGAAUCUGAGGCUCUCAAUAUUGCCAAUCAGUUAUGUCAAUACGGGUACUUCUUUCCCAUAAGCGAUUCCAAGAACCUUGUUGUUAAAGAUGAUAGCUCCCUGUAUAGAUUUCAGAAUCCCUACUAUUGGCCUUGGCAAAAUCGACCUCCUGACAACGUUGAAUACGCCAUCUAUCUAUCGAAAAGAACACUUAGAAACAAACAGAGGCAUGGUCUGGAGGAUUAUGAGAUCGAGGCUAUGAGCAAUCUGAAGAAAAAUUUAGCGAACAAAUGGGAUUUUAUUACGGGACAAGCUGAGGAACAGGUGAAGUUAUCUAAGGGUUUGAAGAAAGCAGACAAACUAGUAAGCGAUUCUCAGGAACGUGCGUAUUGGAGAGUACAUCGACCACCACCAGGAAUGGUCAGUUCUUUGGAGCCGUGUCCAGUUCCUACUAGAAGUUGGAAUGGGAGUACUAGAACUAGAAAAAAAACUAUUGAAGAUUGUAGGCGAGAGGUGGAGCUGCUAAAAAAGAGCUUAUCAAAAACAAGAGUCAAAGUUUCUCAAGCGUUAGAAAGCAUGGUCCAACACGUAGAAAUAUACAUGGAAUAUGACCCACUUAUCACUCCAACUCAACCAUCUAAUCCAUGGGUUAGCGAAGAUUUGACGUAUUGGCAGCUUAAUAGUCCUCUUGCCUAUCGGUUAUGGAUAUUGGCUAGGAGCAUGGCAAUUCUAAAAUUAUUGACUGCUGCUGUGAAAAGUUUAGUAGUCGUUAAGUUAAACUAA